AUGGCAUCUACCUUAUAUAAGAUCUCUCGCCUGGAUCUUGAGGAGCUUGAAACCCCUGCGUUGGCUUCAAUCACUGACGUCAAAGCCCUGUCCUCUUAUAACUGGAUCGAGGCGCCCAAUUCCACGCCUACAAUCGCUGUCCCUGGGAGCCCAGCUCUUUGGUCAUCACUAGGAAAAGCCCUCUUUGAACCGCUAUUACGUGCGUUAUACCUCACACAUCCUUCAUUCGAUAUCCGUUCGACUGAUGUUGUGACUGACCGAAACAACAUCCGUAAGCUCUUCUCGUUCAUAAACCCUAGCUCCACUAGGAAUGGGCUCGAAGCAUUCACCAUAAGCAUCGAGGUAACGAAGAAUACCGCAAUAUUCUGCUGGGAUGAGACCAAGACUCUGGAGGAAAUCGGGCCACAAGAAUCCAGGGGCUUUGGUCACGAAUUCGAGAAAGCGUAUACUAUUACCCAAAUCAGCGGCAGCACUGGACAUCACAGAAUCAUCUCGUACCGCUUCAGUAACCUGAAUUGCAUUGUCCGCCACGAAACGGACGGAUAUGUUGACAAUGAUCCGAGGGCGUCUUCAAAAGCGAAGAACCACACACGGGAUGGUCUCUCUAGCAUGUUGAAAACAUUGUCUCUAUCUCCAACCUCCGGAUCUCCUUGUGACAUUCCUACUGCGUCCAAAUUGACAAUCAAAGAGGAAGGACAGAUAGUACCGCUGGAAUCAACCCUUGAAAUCAAAACGCGAGUCUCACAUAAGUACCUUGAUAUUGAAGAGGUUGCACCACAGCUCUGGAUAUCUCAAACCCCCAAGCUUGUGCGAGCAUACCACCAAAAUGCAUUGAUUCGAAAAAUCAUCAAUAUCGUGAAGGAAUGUGGGGGUAACGCUGUGCUCAAGUAUAACGUAGAGGGAGACAAGUUAGUGGUCUGCAAGGUGGAAAGGAAAGAGAUGCUUCCAAAAGACUUGUAUUCCAAAUGGGAUGAUAGGCAUCACCUUGGAGCGGAAACUGACGCCAAAAAUGAUGGCAUACAAGGACCCAAGAUUGCUCAAAAAAGGCGAGAGAGUAUAUCUGCGACGAGAACCAUGAGAGAUGAUUUCAAACUGACAAUCAAAAUUGGGGACGUGGAUUAUAGCGUUCAUGUGUCCAAGAUACCGUACUGGGCAUCCUUUGUUCGACUCCAAAAGGUUACUCAUCCUGAAUCAACGGAGUUUAUUCAUGAGCCAAUCAAUCUCUUCGAUGUGGCUCUCAGAGGAGUUGAAUCGGGCUACCGCCAAUGUUUCCGAUCUCUAUCUACCAACCUCUCCCAAUACCGUACACUUUUCGACACGUACAAGUUCCUCGACGUUGACGUACUUGGCAGCCUAUCUAUCGACGAGGUAAUUGCCAAUCUCAAGGGGGGUAAGAGCUUGGCACGCGAUACAGCUUUCCAGCUCUUGUACCUGAUACUGUAUGCUCAGUUCGGAGACGAGAGGAGACCGCUCAUGAAGCUUUUCAACGCCGUGAUGUUCGUGGUAUCGCAUCCAAGGACUUUUAAGUACCGCGCAAAGCGGAUGAUCCGUCUUGCGUACGAGGAGCGAUUCAGAGUAACGACCAAGCAAAAAGCGAGACUGGAUGAGUGGGAGAAGGGCGAAAGCUGCCAACCAUGUGACUGA